AUGAGGUCGCGGGUCAACCCCACGCAGCCGGCUACGCAGUCCAAGCUCUUCCUCAGCAAGGCCAAAGCUUUCGUGGUGUCAAUUGUGAGAAGGAAGACGGUGGCGAGGGCAGAGGCGUUGGCGAAUGCGAGAGGCCAUAGCCAAGGACUUGACCAUGAAACCAAGACCUCGUAUACGAACACCGUUGAGCGAGCGAUUAGUGAGCAGAGCGAGAAGCUGCAGCGCAAGGCGCUUUCAGGCGGCGUGGUGAAGAAGGUUUCAUCGAGACGGAGCUUGAACAGGCAAGAUCUAAAGCAAGCUACCGUCACACGCGCUUAUCCCCAGGUGGAAUUGGACCGAUCACUUCGCAAGCCUGCGGUCUCAAAACCGGUGGGUGAAUCCGAUGAUCUCGACAUCGAUAACCAAGGGCCAGACUCGUUUGCGUCGAGCUUCAGGGCCAGGGUGGAUGAAUUCGUCGCUGAAAUUGGUCAUCUUGAUGUAGCGAAUGCGAUGGAGCUUGACCGAACCUGGAACAACAACGGGCCUAAGCAUCGGUCUGGGUCGUCGUUGAAACAUCUGCCUCGCGACCGGCUGGAGCCUGACGCUAGGGCCAGAUCCACCAGCUUCAUCAGCGUCGUCCUUCAAAGACAUUCGGAGGAUAGCCACAUGAGUGAUGCGGAUGACGAGAGCUUCUCGCCGCAACGCGAUGGCGCAGCAGCUCGUGGUUCUCGCGGCAGCAAGUUCCACGGCGUCUUCAGCGGUGAGAGGCAGCAGUAUCGCGAUAGCGAUGUCGACGUUGACGAGCUGGCUGAGGACGAGGCUAUCUCGAUGGACUUCAAGUGGUUCAAGACACGUCGGGCUUUCAGGUUUCGUUGGGUUGAGGCUACUCCUAACCGGACGUUUGUACCUCGUCCUACGGAUCACUACGAGACUCCGCCGCCGGCUCAGGACGCCAGUCCUCCACCAUCUGUUCCUCAUCCUACCGCUCAGUUUUUCACUCCUCCACCAGCUCAACCUUUCACUGCGCCGCCAGCUUUCGAUUUCCCGACGGCGGCUACUGCGACUCCGUUCCAACCUCCUCAGGUCGCCAGCCCAUCUCCACCACAACCAGCAAUGCUCAAUAUCGCGGCUGAGUUUACCGUUCGCUGCAAAUGGCACUACUAA